AUGUCGGACCCACCAGGCAUCGCGCCGAUUCCUCGGGACGAGAACCCCCCAACCAAUUUGCCUAUCAUUCGGCCUAGGCGGUCAUCUGACGGUACACUCCUUCUGGUUGAACAUCAGAAAUGGCCUGAUCACCCCCAAAACAAGAAAUACAUCGGAAGUGAGGAUUCUGCUGUCAACAAUGCCAAUGCCAAUAACCCUGCCGAAAACAACAAUUCUGAAACAACCCCACAAUCCGCAGCCAAACUUAUGACAGACCUGGUCAUUGAUGUCACGAGGCUCGCAGAAGGUUCCAAUUCGGGUUCAAAAUCUCGUCAACCUGGCUCGAUAUAUCCCGGCUCCGGACCACAUGGCUUACCUCUAGAUGGGACGGCCUGGAGAUACCAUCCAAGCAAUCGGCGAUUCCACACAUACCUUAUUGAUCACCCUUCCAUCAAUAAAAUUGAAUGGACUGAAGCUUUCCUUCUCGACGAUGAUGAAAAAAAGAUUGAAGAGAAGAUCGACACCCGUACUCCAAACACUGUCAUCUUCACCUUCAACAAGGAAGACCACACUCUUGCCAAUUUACUUCGUGACAAGCUUCUGAAGAACAGCCACGUCACCUUCGCUGCCUACCGUGUUCCCCACCCUCUCUUCGCCAAGUUCGAACUCCGAGUCCAAACCGAUGGCGGAAUCACCCCCAAAGAAGCUGUGUUGGCCAGUUCCCGUGACUUGGUCCAUGAAUUCAAUGUUCUCAAGACGAACUUCACCCGAGAGUAUGAGUUGAGAAAGAUGGUUGGCGGUACACAGAACCUACAGUGA